AUGUCUGUUACAGCAACCAACACAGCUUCAUUCAAUGACACUUUCCGGGUUUCGGACAACAUUGCAGUUGUGAUCCCGGAGGGGAACGUGCAGGUCACGUACAGAGACCUGUCCCAUAUGGUUGGGCAGUUCCAGACGCUGUUCAACCACCCGGAAUCGCCCCUGCACGAUGUGGUGCUGAGGCAAUGUGCAGUGGCUAUUUCGAUGCCCAACUGCCUGGAGUUUGUGACCGCCUUUCUCGGGACCACGAUGGAUGCGAAGAUCGCGGCGCCGUUGAACCCAAACUACAAGGAGAAAGAGUUUGAUUUCUACUUGAACGAUUUGAAGUCUAGAGUUAUCUGUGUGCCCCGCGGGACCGUUGACCAGUCGCCUCAGGCUGAGAUUCUGAAGUCCGCGAAGAAGUUCAAGUGUUUCGUCGCGGAGUUGUACUUUAACCCAAAGAGGUUCACCGUGGAGUACGACCUGUACACGUACAAGGACGAGUGGAAGAUCUGCAUCUUUUCUUCAACGCGCCGCCCGAGGUUUGUGAACGAUAAUGUCACGAGGUUCCCUGGGUUUGCCCGUUCCAACGAUGUCGCGAUGGUUCUGCACACGAGCGGCACGACUUCGCUACCGAAGACGGUCCCAUUGCUACACUUGAAUAUCGUCCGCAGUACAUUGAACAUCUCGAACACUUACAAACUGUCGUCUGCGGACAGGUCUUACAUCGUGAUGCCCUUGUUCCACGUCCAUGGCCUGAUCGGCGUUCUACUGUCGACGUUCAGGACACAGGGGUCAGUGGUGAUCCCACCCAAAUUCCACCCAAAGAAGUUCUGGCAGGAGUUUGUUGACUUCAAGUGUAACUGGUUCAGCUGCGUCCCCACAAUCAGCAUGAUCAUGCUGAACGUACCCAAACCGGACCCAAUGCCGCAUAUCCGGUUCAUCCGGUCCUGUUCCUCCGCGCUGGCACCAUCAACUUUCCACAAACUGGAGAGUGAGUUCCAAGCGCCUGUGCUAGAGGCGUACGCGAUGACGGAAGCGGCGCAUCAGAUGACCUCGAACAACCUCCCACCGGGGAAGCGUAAGGCGAGCACGGUGGGGCAACCACAGGGCGUCGAGGUGUUCAUCCUCGACGACAAGGACAACGUGCUCCCACAAGGUGCCACUGGCGAAGUGUCGAUCCGUGGCGAGAACGUGACCCCCGGGUACAAGAACAACGAGAAGGCCAACCGCGAGAACUUCACUCGGAGGGAAAACUACUUCCGCACGGGGGACCAAGGGUACUUCGACUCCGAGGGGUUUUUAGUGCUGACGGGCCGCAUCAAGGAGCUGAUCAACCGCGGUGGGGAGAAGAUCUCGCCCAUCGAGCUCGACAGCGUCAUGCUUUCGCACCCUCAGGUCGAAGAGGCCGUUUCCUUCGGCGUCGCCGACGACAUGUACGGCCAAGUCGUGCAAGCCGCGGUGGUGCUGAAACCGGGCGCACAGCUGAACUACCAGCAACUGUGCCAGUACAUGGAGGACAAGCUCGCCAGCUUCAAGAUCCCAACCAAGGUCUACUUUGUCGACAAGUUGCCCAAGACGGCCACGGGCAAGAUCCAACGGCGGAUCAUUGCCGAGACCUUCGCCGGCCGCAAGAACAGCAAAUUAUAA